AUGCCCAUCACACUCGUCACAGGAGCGAACGGCUUCGUUGGCGCUGCCGUGGUCAACGAGCUUGUCGCCCAGAAACACAAGGUAGUCCUGGCCGUUCGAACGCCUUCAUCCGCAGAUGCUCUUCUCUCGGUGCAUCCCGAAUGGCCCACUCAAGACAUCGCGAUAAGCAUUGUGACGGACUUCACUAUGCCAGGAGCCUUCGACGCGGUCUUCCAGAGCCAUCCGGGCAUUGAUUAUAUCAUCCACGUUGCGGCGCCGUUGCUCGACGAUCCGCGAAACACGGACUUCGUCGAACACUUUGAGAAGCCCAGCGUCCUGGGAAAUACUGGGCUGCUCAAGUCGGCGAAGACGUUCGGCAAGAAUGUCAAAGCCAUCAGUGUGACAGGGAGCCUCAACGCCAUUACCAAGGGAGACCAGGAUGAUGUCAAGAAGCGAGUCAUUAGCAACGAAGAAUGGCUUCCACUGGGGAAAGAGGAUGCCAUGCAAGCGCAGAACCCCCUUAUCUGGUAUUGUGUGGGCAAGAAGCUCGCCGAGCAAGCCAUCUGGAAGUUCAUCGAGGAGGAAAAGCCGUCCUUUACGGUCACCAAUUUCAUGCCGCCUCUGAUCUUCGGACCUAUGAUGCAAAAGGUGCCCAGUGUCGAGAAAAUCAACUUCAGCGUUCGCCUGUUUUACGGCAUCCUCAACGGUGCCAAGGCGGAGGGGGGCAGAGUGCCCAACACCAUGUUCCCGGGAUAUAUUGACGUCCGUGACCUUGCAAAAGUCCAGGUCCUGGCUUUGACUACCCCUGGCGCAGCAAACAGACGCUUCGUUGUCGGGUAUCCUGUGGUUUUCAACCGAUUUGCAGACGCUUUGCGAAAUGAUGCCGAAUUGGGUGUAUCUUCCAGAAUUGGCGAAAACAACUCCGAUGACACGACGUUGACUUUGCCGAGAUUCGACACCAAGGCAGCCGAGGAGGUGUUCGAUUGCGAAUGGACCAGCCUUGAGAAGACGGCAAGGGACACUGCCCUAAGUCUGCUCAAGGUGGAAGCACUCAAGACUUGA